AUGCGCUUCGUCGUCAUUACUGCAAUCGCCCUCCUGCUCACGGUCACCCUCGUGUCCUCGCACUCUACUGGCAAAGGUUUCCACAGGGUGUCUAAGCGCGAGGACACGAAGACGGGUACAGCUUCCCUUUCAGCCACUGCUAGCGUUCCCGGAAGCGAGAACAAAGUGGAACCUGCUGUUACCGACUCGAAGCAGACCACUGAACCCACCACCGACGCAUCCAAGAUUCAGACGACGGAUGACGACAAGACCAAGAACGACGAACAGACCAAGAAGAACGAGCAGCCCAAGAACGAUGACCAGGCGAAGAACAAUGAUCAGACGAAGAGCGCUGACCUGACAACGACCAAGAAUACCAACAAGACAGCUGAACACCACACUGGCACGCUUCCUAUCCCGCCUGGUUACGUCGCCAUUCUGACUCAGCUGCCCGACACUAUCGUCAAUGGUACUGAUGCUCGUACGACGUGGAAGACAGCCUGCCAGACAGCACUCGAUGGUAUUCAUGUCGACGACACGAGCAAAGAGGCUGUAUAUGGCUUCUUCCGCGCAGCUCUCUUUAAUGCCGACACGCACUUGAUUGAGCUCGCCUGCUACCGGUGCCAGAACGCAAGUUAUGACCUGAAGGGCGUCAACCCCGGCACGCCAAUUGCAAACUUGACAGCUUCCGUCAUCAAGAACCUCAACUGGUCCGCCACACCGACGGUCAAAGUGGGCUAG